AUGAUUAAAUCAAUCCGUGCUGCCCAGCGCUUAGACUCACGGGGUAACCCGACUGUCCAAGUCGAUCUGACGACCGACAAGGGCACCUUCCGUGCUAUUGUCCCCUCGGGAGCAUCAACAGGAACGAACGAAGCUGUCGAGCUGAGAGACAAGGAUCCUGCUGUCUAUGGUGGUCGCGGUGUGCGAACGGCCGUUUCCAAUGUCGAGACAGUGAUAGCCCCCGCGCUUAUCGCCAGCGGAUUGAAAGUCGAUACGGACCAGAAGCAGAUCGACGAUUUUCUAGUCCGUCUGGAUGGAUCCAAGGGUAAGGGCAGACUCGGUGCCAAUGCGAUUCUCGGCGUGAGUAUGGCAUGUGCGAGGGCGGGAGCAGCUCAUUCAGGAAUCCCUCUGUAUGAGUUCCUUCGACGAGAAUCGCAAGCAAAAGAACCGUACAUCAUGCCUGUUCCCUUCUUCAAUGUCUUGAACGGCGGCGUUCACUCGGGAAACACAAUGGCGUUUCAGGAGAUGAUGAUCGCCCCUGUUGGCGCUUCUUCUCUGACAGAAGCAGUCCAGAUGGGAAGCGAGGUAUACCAGCAUCUCAAAAAAGUGAUAGUCUCCAAGUUCGGUGCUUCAGCAACCGGCAUCGGCGACGAGGGAGGAUUCGCACCCCCAAUCUCCCAACCGCAUGAAGCACUAGACCUGCUGGUUCAAGCCGUCGCCGAAGCAGGAUACAUCGGUAAAGUCAAGUUCGCCAUGGACCCUGCCUCGAGCGAGUUCUACCGUGACGGUGUGUACGACCUGGGCUUCAAGGACAAGAACAGACCAAACGUGCACACUCCCAAGCAGUUGAUGGAAGUGUAUCACUCCCUGCUGGAAAAAUAUCCGAUUAUCCUGCUGGAAGACCCCUUCGCCGAGACCGACUGGGCCAGCUGGACGGAGUUCCAGACUUCCUGUCCUGUUGAGCUCGUGGGCGAUGAUUUACUCGUCACCAAUACGGAGUAUGUGCAGAAGGCAGAGGACAAAAAGGCCUGCAAUGGACUGUUGCUCAAGAUUAAUCAGAUCGGAACGGUUUCCGAAGCCAUCCAAGCAGCCAACCUGGCAUAUUCAUUCGACUGGAGCGUGUUUGUCUCGCAUCGGUCCGGAGAAACAACAGACGACUUCAUUGCAGACCUGGUGGUCGGCCUGCGGACAGGCCAUCUCAAGGCUGGGGCGCCGUGCCGUGGCGAGCGGGUGGCCAAGUAUAAUCGGUUGAUGGAUAUCGAAGCGGAUCUGCUUGCUCGCGGAGUUGGCUGUGCGUAUGCUGGUGAGGGUUUCCGGCGGGCUCAUCAGGUGUAG